AUGCCUCUGAACGCUACUGCCUUCUCCCACCCUCCCUAUUUCCUUCUCACUGGCAUCCCGGGGCUGGAGAAGGAGCAGUUUUGGAUUGCCUUCCCCUUCUGCAUCAUGUAUGCCAUUGCUGUGCUGGGAAACAUCACCCUUCUCCUCAUUAUAAAGGCAGAGCCGAGCCUGCACAAGCCGUACCUCUUCCUGGCUAUGCUGGCCUUCACUGAUCUGGUCCUAUCAACAUCCAUGCUACCCAAAAUGCUUGGCAUCUUCUGGCUGGGCUCCGGGGAGAUUGGGUUUCUCUCCUGCCUUGCUCAGUUGUUCUUCAUCCAUACCUUCUCAUCAGUGGAGUCGGGCAUGCUCAUGGCCACAGCCUUGGAUCGCUACAUCGCUAUUUGCUGCCCACUGCAGCACUCCAGCAUCCUCUCUGUUCCAGUGGUGGUGGCCCUUGGGAGCCUGGUGCUGGUGCGUGGGGUCCUCCUGGUGAGUCCCUUCUGCUUCCUCCUCCACAGGAUGUCCUUCUGCCAGCAUCACGUCAUCUCCCACUCCUACUGUGAGCACAUGGCCGUGGUGAAGCUGGCAUGUGGGGACACCAGAGUCAAUGUCAUUUAUGGCCUCUUCGUGGCUUUCAUAGUGACAGGAACUGACAUGAUCCUGAUCUCUGUGUCCUACACCAUGAUCCUGCGGGUGGUAAUGAGGCUAUCAUCCACAGAGGCACAACUGAAAGCCUUCAGCACCUGUGCAUCCCAUGUCUGUGUCAUUCUUGCCUUUUAUGUCCCUGCCCUCUUCACAUUCCUCACCCACCGGUUUGGGCAGAGCAUCCCACCCCGCAUCCAUAUAAUGGUGGCCAAUCUCUACCUGCUAGUGCCCCCCAUGCUAAACCCCAUUGUUUAUGGGGUGAGAACCAAGGAGCUCUGGGCCAGGGUGGUCCUCCUCUUCCAGCAAAAGGGAACCUGA